AUGCGAAAGAUUGAAAAAGAGGAAGAGAGAGCGCACUACGAGGCCUGGAAUGCUUCCUGGAGAUGGAGGCCGCAGGAAUUGCAUGUAUGCAUUGUAAACCUUGUUAUCGGUACCCUCUACUGCGCAAAACAAAACUUCGAGUUCGGUAUUAGCCGUAUCAUCAGAAGUCUGGAGCCUUAUGGGAAAAAGCUGGAAGCAGACACGUGGUUUUAUGCAAAGCGUUGCUUUCUUGCAUUGGUUGAUAGCCUUGCGAAACAGAUGAUCGUGUUGAAGGAUGCGACAUACGCCGACAUAGACGACUUUCUUGAUGCUGCGGACAGCCAAGGCAAGACUGUCUACACAUCCGUGGAGAGUCCCGGCGAGGGCCAGAACUCCAACACGGUCUCCAGAGAAGCCAGGCUGCUCAAGAGGAUGUUUCUGAAGAUUAGAGAAUGAGGUAGGCAUGGCUUGCAAGCCUUGGUGUUGCAAAAACUUCAAGUGGAACCUUUCGUCUCACCGCCACUCCUUCCGAGAUCUCGUCCAUGCUCAGCUCCUUGCCACUGACCUUCCAC